AUGAAAUCAGCGGGCUGCAGUUCCGGAGAAGCCAGGGCACCUCCCUCCCCACGCAGACCUCAAGCAUCCCUAGCUGGCAACCCCGCCAGGGGCCGACUUCCCGGGCGGGCUUCGGGACGGCGCAGCCGCACUGAUUCAGACAUUGCUUGUAUUCAGCUGUCUAUUGAAGACAAUGAAGUGUAUUUGCCUAAUGAUGAGAUUUGGACCUAUGAUAUUGAUAGUGGGUUGUGGACCAUGCACCUCAUGGAAGGAGAGCUCCCUACCUCCAUGUCAGGAAGCUGCGGUGCCUGCAUUAAUGGAAAGCUGUACGUUUUUGGAGGAUAUGAUGACAAAGGAUACAGCAAUCGACUUUAUUUUGUUAAUUUGAGAGCAAGAGAUGGAACCUACGUUUGGGAAAAAAUCACCAAUUUUGAAGGUCAGCCACCCACACCACGUGAUAAACUUUCCUGCUGGGUGUAUGAAGACAGAUUAAUAUAUUUUGGUGGCUAUGGGUGUAGGAGACACAAUGAACUCCAAGACUGUUUUGAUGUUCAUGAUGCAUCUUGGGUACGCCCACCAAAACUAUUCAUAGCUCAGACUGGCUUCUGUAUGAGAGAAGAGCAGAUAUUCUGGGGAUGGCAUAAUGAUGUUCAUGUAUUUGAUACAAAGACACAGAAUUGGCUUCAACCAGAAAUUAAAGGUGGAGUUCCACCACAGCCACGAGCCGCGCACACGUGUGCAGUUCUGGGAAACAAGGGCUAUAUCUUUGGCGGACGUGUUUUGCAAACUAGGAUGAAUGAUUUGCACUAUCUAAACUUAGAUACCUGGACCUGGUCUGGAAGGAUUCCUAUUAAUGGAGAAAAUCCCAAACACCGGUCAUGGCAUACUUUAACAGCAAUAGCUGAUGAUACGCUUUUCCUAUUUGGUGGACUAAGUGCUGACAAUACUCCAUUAAGUGAUGGUUGGAUUCAUAAUGUCAUAACAAACUGUUGGAAACAGCUUACACAUUUACCUAAAACAAAACCCAGGUUAUGGCACACAGCCUGUUUGGGAAAAGAAAAUGAAGUAAUGGUAUUUGGUGGGAGCAAAGAUGAUUUACUUUCUUUGGAUACAGGUCACUGUAAUGAUUUAUUGAUCUUUCAAACCCAGCCUUAUUCCCUACUCAGGUCAUGCCUUGACUGCAUUGGUAAAAAUGCUAUAAUUUUAGAAAGUCAGAUAUCUCUAUUACCUCCUAAACUUCUCCAACAAGUACUCAAAAAAAUAACAUUUUGGACUGCAGCUAAUCACCGAGAAGAACAAAGAGCUCAAAAAGAAGAAAAAGAAAAGAAAUGUCAGUGGAUCAGUAGCGAUUAAGUUGUAAUGUACUCUGUAUAUUUAAUAUGUUUAAACAUUUUAAUCAGACUGUAUGUUUACCCCCUAAAUUGGAGGCUUUAUUCAGAAGAUAAAAUUUGAAACAAAAAGUCUAUGUUAAAGUGAUUAUAUGGCAUGAGAUAUAUAGGAAGAAGAUGUUAAUGGCAGAUUAAUUUAUAUUUAUAUUUGUAAAUUAAUUUCCUUAUCAGCUGCAGAAAAAAAAUAUAGUUUCUGAAAGUCAGUACAACUGUAUGGGACUUUAACUCACUGUGUCCUCUUUACUGGAAAGAUUAUACAGACUUGUAGAGAAUAAGAAAUUACUCCCAAGGACUUUAGGAAUCCCCCAACACAAUGAUAGAGAUAUAUAUGCAAACAUUUCAUAUCAACUUUCAGAAAGAAUAGAUUUUUCUUGUCACUUUACAAUUACUUAAACCUUUCCAUUAAAUAACUCAGUUGUUUAAAUAACUUCUCCUUAAAUUACUAAUAUAGUUGGCCAAAAUGAUAAAAUAGGGAAACACUGCUAUGGUAUUAGAUUUUGAACUUCUGCCCUUUUAGCACUUACCUAGUAAAGUAUUCUUAAGCAUCAUUGCAACUUUUCCUCACAUGUAUUUGAGUUGGGGAAUAAAUGUCUUCAGUUGUCUUUCUGUUACCCCUAAGUUACUAGUUUGUCCAGUUUUAUAGGUACAUAAAGACCAUGUUUUAAAAUGUCUAAAGUGGAGAUUUAUUUAUUCACACUGGCUUUGAAAUAUUGAGAGGCAAUAUGUUUAUUAAAUUUUGAGACACAUUAAAAUACAUUUUGCCUUGGAGGAGUGCUCUAAAGUAAUUUUCAUAAAUUAUGAAAUGGGAUGAUCACCUAGUAAUUUGCAUUUCUAGAAACCCUCUGUUUGGCCCACACCAUCCUGCAGAGUUGGUGCAGAAGACCCAGGAUAUUCAAAAUAUGUUAUCUUCUCAUUUGUUUUCAGUUUUCACUGCCUAGAAGGAAUGGAACACAAGUAUUUAUUUAAUUUUCCUUGAAAUAGUACUUUUGCCAUAAUUAAGAAAUUGUUCAUUUAUCAUAGUCAUACCCUUCCACUGAAUUACUUAUAACAAUGAAUUACUAAAAAGCUUGGUAUAUAAAAUUACUCUCUACAAUCCACCAUGCAAGUUGUCUCUGAAAUUUAAAAUGUUAUAGUAAAUAUAUUUCUAUAUUGAAAUAGAUGUGUAAUUUAUAAUGAAAAUUACAGUAGUUUGUAGUACCAUUAAAUUUUAGAGAUAUAUUUUAUAUAUCUGUUCUGUAUUUUGGAUGUGUAAAUCUUCUAUUUAUGUAUUGAAAUAUCUUGUGUUUACAUUUUAUUUAUUAUACAAACUACAUAGAAUUACUAUUUUCCUAGUUUUGUUAGUGUGAACCAGUCAUUAGACUUGAUUGUGUAAACAAUAUUUCAGUGUAAGUUUUAAUUUUUUUCUUACUAUUUUUAGGCUGAAUAACAGAUUUAGAAAGUGAAUCUCACAGGUAAUAUACAUCUUAAAAGUAAUUAUUUUGUUACUAUGAACAUCUGUAUCAGCAUUCUGUAUUUAAGGGGAAAAAAAAUCACAGCCUAUUCGUGAUAGAUGACUUUGAAUGGAAUGAAACAUUUUUUUUUCUGGGGUUUAAUUCUUUUUUUUUUUUUUAAUUGAGUUGUAGUCAGUUUACAAUGUUGUGUCAGUUUCUGGUGUACAGCACAAUUUUUCAGUCAUACAUGAACAUACAUGUAUUAAUUUUCAUAUUCUUUUUCACCGUGAGCUACUAGAAGAUCUUGAAUAUAUUUCCCUGUGCUAUACCAUGGAAUGAAACUUUAAAAUGGCUUCUGGAUUAUGUGAAUGCCUCCUCUAGCCUCUUUGAAAAGCAUUUCUGUUUUUAAAUGGUUUACUUAGAAGUUGAAUUAGCCCCCUCAAAAUGCACACUUUCAUUUAGGCUUCAAGAGAAUGAAAAGCUAUACAUUAUUUAUGGCACAUAAAACUGGUGCUGUUCUUAUUUGUCUUAAUAUAUUGUGCUACUUCAACAAGUUGUAUGUCCUGAGAUAUCCCCAUAAUACGAGUGGCAGGGAAUUCUGAUCUGAUGUUCAGUUUCUAAAACUUGGCUUAAACCAGCGCUUCCCUGCUCUUAGAAGAUGUAGAAACUCUAUGAGCUGGCAAAGCCAGUUUUGAAGAUCCCAGUGAAGCAGUAUUCCUUCCUGAUUUCUUACCACUGAUGGUUUACUAUCAACUUUUGUGCUGCUGACCUGUGCCGUGUAUGGGAGCCCAAGGCAACAACAGACUCAUAACUGUAUCUCUGAACUCUCCUUUACUGGUUCUCUAUUUGAAAGAUGACUCUAGAGGGUUGACUCUUCUUUUUCCAGGUGGUUCACAAAAUAGGUUUCCAGUCUGGUUUUCAAGGAAAAAGAAUUUCUGGCCAUCUUUAUUAUGUCUAUCAGGAUAUCCUUCCAAUUGUCAGCAAGGAUUUUUCUGAGGUAUUACCAUUUUUCGAAUGAUAAUAGUAAAUAGCGUAUCAAAGUUAGUGUCCAUUUUUUCCAAAUAGUAUCUUUGCAUAAACACCUUUAAAAAAUUAUUAUUCUUUUGAUAGAAACUUUAAAAUAUUCUUUAGCACUUCAUACUGUCGGCCCAGGAACAAAGCGAUGUUUUCACCAAAACACAUUUAUAUGUAUGUAUGUGUGAGAAAGAAAUAAUUAUAAACUCACUAAAAUAGAACAAUUUUCAAGGAAGUAUAUACUGUCUGACAAAUUAAAAUUGUGAUUGCAGAACAUUUCAAAGGAAAAGAAGUAGUUUUAAGAAACAAAUAAUACCCCUGCCUACCUUUUUUUUUUGGUGCCUGUUUUCCCAUUGUAUUAAUGUGAUUCUAUUGGAAUUUCCGGUUUGAUGAAAUUUCCAUACAGUCCAGCAUGUGGGUACAGCAAGAACUUUUAUUUUUUGGUAUAAUGGACUGAAUGUUUAUAUUCCCACAGAAUUCGUGUGUUGAAACCCUAAUCUCCAAUGUGAUGGUCUUUGGAGGUGAGGUAUUUUGAGAGGUAAUUAGAUUUAGAUGAGGUCAUGAGGGUGGGGACCCAAUGAUGGGAUUAAUGUCCUUAUAGGAAGAGGAAGAGUCCAGAUUGCUCGCUCGCUCGCUCGCUCUCUCUCUCUCUCUCUCUCUCUCUCUCUCACACUCUCUCACUCUUGCUCUCCCCAACUCAUGAAGAUGCAGUGAGAAGGCAUCUGCAAGGCAGGAAGAGGGCCCUCACUAAGAACCAAAUCUGUCAGCACAUGAUCUUGGACUUCCCAGCCUCCAGAACUGUGAGAAAUAAAUAUCUGUUGUUUAAGCCGUUCAGUUUAUGGUAUUUUGAUAUAGCGGCCUAAGCUAAGACACACCUGAAAUCCACAGUUUACAUUAGGGUUCAUUUUUGGUGGUGUACUUUUUAUGGGCUUAGACAAAUGUAUACUAACCUGUGUCCACCUUUAUACAAAAUAGUUUCACUUCCCUAAAAAUCCCAUGUGUCCUGCCCCGUCAUUCCUCCUUCCCCUCUAAACCAUGGCAACCAUGGAUAUUUUAUUGUCUCUAUAGUUUUGC